CGAACAGACGGACAUCGCAUCUCUACCUUCUUCAACAUUUCACAGAGCAAAUUUGAUCAUUGGGCCAGUCAACAUGAAGGCGACAUGUUUUCUCACACUUUUUGUACUGCUCUGUGGUGUGGCAGUGGUCAGGGGAUUCUGGUUGGAUACCACAUGUUCAGAACCAAACUGCGCCAAAUGCUACUCCUACGGCUGUUAUGAAUGUUAUAUCGGUUACUAUAAGUAUUAUGCCUACGCUGGCGCUUCGGCUGACUGCGUGAGAGAUUGCCCCGUGGGAUACACAAAGGAUUAUAGAUAUAGAACUUGCCGAAAAUGUGGCGUUAAGGGAUGCACUAGAUGUUACUCUCUUAGCGCGAGAGACAAGUGUUUUGGGUGUGAGCCCGGGAGAUUUGUGUUUGAGCAGAAAAGCUGCGUAUAUAAGUGCCCGGCGGGAUAUGUGGGAAAACCACUUGCAGGAGAAAUGUAUUGUUCUGAAAUACCCACCACCACAACUAGUACGACUACCGUCAAAACUACAAUACCAACUACAAAACCAAUGACUUCACCACCUGCCGUGACAUCAUCGGGAAAAGCAGUGACGUCAGCUGAAGAAAACACGACCAUUUCGGCAGCAGAGACGACGACAGAAAUAAAGCUUGCAAUAAAGGUUGGCGACCACGUGACCUCUGGGCCAGCUAAUACUACCAACAAUGACACUACACACGCGUAACUUUUAAUUCUGCUUGUUAGCGCGUCCACUCCGUGUUAAAAGCCAUAUUAAUGUCUUCAGAUGUGUUUUACCUUUUUUAAUUAAUUGACAAAAAUUAGGUUCUUUCAACUUCAAGAUUAUCCCCGUCUCUGCAACCGAUGGGAAGCCAUCGAUCCGUUGAUGAUGAAUUCUGAAGGAACAUUUUCACAUUUGAUGUGUGUGUGAAUAAAAGCUGAUUAUUACUAAAAUUUUCCAAUAAUGUAUUAAGGUCAAUAAUGUCCAAUUGACUUUCAAAUCCAAUCUCGAUGGUUGAAAAUGAUUAGAAGCUUAAAAGCCCUAUUCCCAACUGACCGUCUUGGAACUGACAAGAAAAACAGCAGUGCGUAAAGAAACAUGGGUAUGGUUUCUAAAAACAUUAUUUUAGUUAUAGAGUCAAUACGAUUAGUGCUUCUGGCGGCAAUGCUAGUCUGCAAGGUUUGACUCCAGACGACGAUAGCAGUCGAUACAGCAUCAUAAGGCAAUAAUAAAGGAUUUUUUUGACCGAUUAGAUGAUGUGAAAUGAAAUUGGGAAAUGGGAGGACUUUGAUAAUUCGAUGGUUCAGAAUUGUGUAUUUUUGGACGUUGCAAAUGUUUUAAGGUUUUAUUGUAGCCUGCAAAGCAUUAGGUUAUUUUUGUAGUUAAAAUGCAAAAUGUCAGUUUUACUAUUUACUGAGAGCAGGGCUGUUUAAGAAAAUAACGAUAGGAUGAAUGCACAAAAACUGCUUUUUUUCAAACUGUUAAAGUAAUCACAUCCCAGUCCGAAUGAAAAAGUUAUUUGAUAUCAAAUCAGAUU